GUAUAGCCGGGCACACAGCUCAGUGCCAGCUCCGCUCUGCCCGUCCUCCCUCCUCCACCUGGAAUGAGAGCUCCACCCUGAUCAGCACACCGGGACGGGGCAUACACAUGGCGGCGGGCACCGGGCAUCCAUGACCCCCCCCGGACCAUGAGGCGGAUGGCUCGCCGGCUAGUACUGUCACUGAUCGGGCUGGUGUGGGUCGCCAUCCUCAUCUUCUUAUUGGGCGGCCGGAGGAAGUUGGAAGCCGAAGAUUCGGACGGGGACGGAGCCAAGGAUGCGGAUGUGGAUUGGGAUGAUCUGUGGGACCAGUUUGAUGAACGCCGUUACCUGAACGCCCAGAGAUGGAAGCCCGGAGAGGACCCUUAUAGGCUGUACGCGUUCAACCAGCGGGAGAGUGAGCGGAUACCAAGCGACCGUGCCAUUAAAGACACCAGACAUUACAAAUGUACAGAAUUGCACUACUCAUCGGAUCUUCCACCCACAAGCGUCAUUAUUACUUUUCACAACGAGGCGAGAUCGACGCUUCUGAGAACCAUCAGGAGUGUGUUAAACAGAACACCUAUGCACCUUAUCCAUGAAAUAAUACUCGUGGAUGACUUCAGCGAUAAUUCCGAUGACUGCCGACUUCUCUGCAAGUUACCCAAAGUGAAGUGUUUACGCAACGACCGGAGGGAAGGUUUGAUCCGGUCCCGAGUCCGGGGGGCAGACAUUGCAAAAGCCGGAGUUCUUACCUUUCUGGACAGUCACUGUGAAGUCAAUAAGGACUGGCUCCCUCCUCUUUUGCAUCGUAUUAAAGAGAACCCAACCCGUGUGGUGAGUCCUGUGAUUGACAUCAUAAACCUGGACACAUUUGCCUACAUUGCUGCAUCGUCUGACCUGAGAGGAGGAUUUGACUGGAGUUUGCACUUUAAAUGGGAACAACUCUCUGUGGAGCAAAAAGCUAAACGAUUAGAUCCUACAGAGCCAAUAAAAACUCCUGUCAUAGCCGGAGGUCUAUUCCUAAUCGACAAAUCCUGGUUUAUUCACUUGGGGAAAUAUGACACGGCCAUGGACAUCUGGGGAGGAGAGAAUUUUGAGAUCUCAUUCCGUGUGUGGAUGUGCGGGGGAAGCCUGGAGAUCAUCCCAUGUAGUCGGGUGGGACAUGUGUUUCGAAAGAAGCAUCCCUAUGUGUUUCCCGAGGGCAACGCCAACACGUACAUCAAGAACACCAAACGCACGGCAGAGGUAUGGAUGGAUGAAUUCAAAAACCAUUACUAUGCAGCACGCCCGGCCGCCCAAGGGAGACCCUAUGGAGACAUUCAGAAGAGACUGUCAUUGCGGAGAAGCUUAAAAUGCAGACCGUUUAAGUGGUAUUUGGAGAAUGUUUACCCGGAACUCCAAAUUCCAACAGAACCUUUACCGAAAUCAGGAUUAAUCAGGCAGAGGCAGCGAUGUGUUGAGUCCCAGAAGACUGGAGGAGAGGAUGCUCCUACUCUAAACUUGGUACCUUGUAUCAGCCUUAAAGGGGUGAAUGAAAAAUCUCAGGAAUGGAUCUACACUCAGGUUCAGCAGAUAAGCCAGCAGGAUCUAUGUCUGUCCGUGCACACCUUAUUUCCAGGAACACAGGUGGUCCUCUUGCCCUGCAAAGAGGGAGAUGGGAAGCAGCGAUGGAGUAAAGAGGGGUCUCACAUUGAACAUAUGGCUUCCCACUUCUGCCUGGAUACGGAAAUCAUUGGCGACGCAGAUGAGAACAACCGCGAGAUCGUAAUCAACCCGUGCGAGACCACAGCCAUCAGUCAACGCUGGGAGAUGGUCCUUCAAGACUUCCACUGAGGGCGAUUAAACCAUCGCAGUAGAAAAUUGAAAAGCCUUACAGCGAGCUCCAUAAUGUUGCGCUGCUUGGAGCCAAUGUAGCUCUAGGCAUACAUGCCGUAACACGAAGCCGAAAAUGUUGAUAUUAAAAUGGAGAGAAGAGACUGCAUAAAAUCCAAAGGGAAAAGAAAGAUCUUACUGGCAAAUUUGAUUUCUAAAGGGAAAUACAAAAUCUGUAAGAAAAUUGUUAUAAUGGGAUACGGUAUGCCUGAGAAAAAACAAUAGAUAUAUUUCCAGAAAAAGAAAAGCACAAAAAUAAAGAAUCAGUCUGCAGGAAACUGAUAUUUUAGGAUGAAGUAGAUGGGGUUUGGGCUUUUUAUAUCUUUUGGAGAUUCUGGAAGUGAUAUAUCUCUAUUAUAGAGCUCCCAGCUUCACCCACUUCCCACCAACCAUUAUGAAAGAAUCAUAUUCUCUGACUUGUUUUGUUAGACUCAGUGGUGGAACCGCUAACCAACCUAGCUGGGUGAUCUUGUCUCUGCCAUUACCAAAGGCAGGUGUGAUUCAGUAAUAUUUCAGUUUUGCAUUAAUGCAGGGUGAUGGAAUCACAUGAAAGCCUUCCAUAUCUUUCAUAGAACAUGUUAGCAAGAAUACCUAACCUGAACUAGCAGUUCUACCCAGUUACCCAAGUGCACUCUCUUGAUUUGAUUAAUGAAGUAUAAAGGGAUAUAAUAUGUGGUCAAUAUUUGUGGACACCUCACCAUCACAUCUAUAGGAGCUUGUUGAACAUCCUAUUCUAAAACCAUUGACUUGUCUGUGGGAAUUUAUACCCAUUCAGUCCAUUGAACUUAAGUGAGAUCAGGCACUGCGUUUGACAGGAACACUUGACUCACAAUUCGUCUCAAAUGUGUUUGUUCACUAGGGUUGAAGCCUGAAGAGCUCCCAAGUUCCGCCACACCUAACUCAUCAAACCAUGUCUUUAUGGAGCUGGCUUUGUGCAUCUAGAAUGGUUUUGUAUGCUGUGGCAUUAACCUUCACUGGAAGCACCGGAACCCAAUAUGGUAUCCAGAGACUUUUGUUUUUUUUAGUGUAGGUGUGAUGGCCAGGUGUACACAACCCUUUGCCUACAUAAUGCAUAUAGGGUUUCAGCUUCAUGAGAGAGAUAUCUUCAUUGUGAACUUAUAGGAAUGGACAGAGACAUAAACUACUGUUGAGAAACCUCACCAAUGGAGUCUUGAGAUACAGGAAGCUAGUGGGUGUUUUAAUCCACAAGUGCUCACCUAAAACUGACAUAUCAACUGUAGAAUUGGCCUUUAAAUUACACCUGGGCUUUCGCCAUGCAGGGCCAACAUGGUUUAUCUUUUUGAUAGUCCCACUAGAGACAUAUACUCAAGUUUCCUUUUCUCCUCGGCUGCUCCAUAAAGCCCCCAGAAACAUCAGAUCAUGGGGGUCAUGUGACUCGCUAUCCACACCUUUCAUAUGAUUGCUAUUUUAAGCACUGUCUUAUAGGGCCAGGGUAUGAUUUCUCAGCCUUGCGUAAGCUCUAAAUUGCAAACGGGAGCCUACACAGUAGCCAGCCCAAGUGGCGGUGUGCAAAGUAAAGCUAAGCAUGGUGGCUAGAAAAUUGAUUUGCAUAAGCAAAGCACAGGUUUUUUUUAAGAGGCAAUUUCACCUUGUCCAUGCAGGGCAAAGGGACAGUGAAUCUGCAAAGAACCCCGUCCCUACUUAUACUAACUCCCCCCCAUCCAAUGUGGGAACAUAAUCCAUAGUUUCCAAUACAGGGCAACAUGUGACCUCAUUUGUGACAGUGCUUAGGCUUAGCAGCCAAUCUUUAGGCCUGAGCACUGUCACAUGACUGAAGUGGCACCACUGCUCCUCCGCAUCAAUUAGAAUAUCAACACGUGCUGUGAUGGAGGAAAGAAGAGCAAGGCAGUGCAGAUUAGAUGAGUAUAAGGAGGUCGGUAGAGGCCUUUGCAGAGCCAUCAUCACUUUGUCCUGUAUGGUAAAGGUGACAAUGUCUUUUUAAGGAUGUAGUAAGGCCUUAGAUUCAAAACACAGACAUGAGCUUACAGAUGAGGUAGCCAUUUUGCCUACAUUACCAAUAUUUAGCCUAUCGGUUAACUAAGAAAUAACUACAGGCCUUAGACUUCCUAGUGAAACAGUAGGCCUAACUGUAACAAGCCCUGGUUUAGCAAACACAAUGUUAACCCCACAAUGCACUUAUGACAGGUACACUUUGAUGUACAUUCCGAAAUCCUGAAAUCUUUCCAUUUGUAUACAUGUUAUAGGUCAGAGCAGAGCUCUGAACCUCUUGUAGGCUAUAUAUAAUAUAUAUUUUACUUGUAUAUUUAUGAAACAAAGACUAAUAUAUAAUGAAUUUCUGUGGUAAUUGAACUGUACUCAAAAAUAAAAAUAAAAAACAAUCAGUAAAUUCUGGAUGAAAUGACAGAUCUCUCUUCAAAUAAAUGAAUACAUGAAAAAAUGGGCACCAAAGUUUUUAAUAAAAAUAAAAAAAAAUGUAAAAAGCACUACAAAAUUUCCAAGGUGUGAUUUUUGUCACACUAACUGUAUCAUCUCUCAGAAAUAAAAUCAUUUUCCAUA